UAUAAAUGGGACUCUGUCUCUCAAAGUAAGAAUCAGAAUAACACACAACCUUAUCAUAAGAAAAGUUUUAAUAAGAAGAUGAACUUAAUGGAAUGUAAGUAGAGCAAAUCAGAUUAAGUGAUGAAGAAAAAGUAUCAUUAAAGGAUUUUGAGUUUCUUAAAGUAUGUAUUCUUUAGAUAAGGUUCUUGGUAGAGGUGGUUAUGGGAAGGUAGUCUUAGUAAAUCAUAAAAGUUAAUCAAAAUUAUAUGCUAUGAAAAUCUUAAGAAAAGAUCUUAUACAAUAAAUGAAUUCUCGAAUUUAUAUGGAAACAGAAAGAAAUAUCUUAGCUUUGGUUAAGUGUCCUUUUAUUGUGAAUUUAUAUUAUGCAUUCUAAACAAAAUAGAAAUUGUAUUUUGUAAUUGAUUUUAUGAUCGGAGGUAUAAUUACAUAAUAUCUUAUUCAAAAGGAGAAUUGUUUUAUCAUUUAAAACGAAUUGGAAAAAUGGAAGAAUCAUGGGCUAAAUUUUAUUGUGCUGAAAUUAUCUUGGCUUUAGAAUAUUUACAUAAUCAAAAUAUUAUAUAUAGAGAUUUAAAGCCAGAAAAUAUCUUAUUAGAUCAAGAAGGUCAUAUCAAAAUAACAGAUUUUGGUCUUUGUAAAGAAGAUAUUAAAGAAGGAGAUUUCACUACUACUAUUUGUGGUACAUAUGAUUAUAUGGCUCCAGAAAUAUAUUUAAAAAAAGUAAUAAAACUCUAUUUACUUAUAUUUAUUAGGGUCAUAAUCAAAGUGCAGAUUGGUAUUCUUUAGGAAUUCUCUUGUAUGUUAUGUUAUAAGGCAUUCCACCAUUCUAUUCUCAGAAUAAAAGAUAAAUGAUUCGUAGUAGAUUAGAAAGACAAAUUGAAAUUAAAACUCCCAUUUCAGAAGAAGCUACAGAUCUUAUUAAAUAAUUAUUAAAGAAUAAUGUAAUUAUUUUAUUAUAUAUAUAUAUAAGCCUAAAGAUAGAUUAGGAUCAGAUGGAUCUAAUGAAGUGAAAUCACAUCCAUUUUUCAAUGGUAUUGAUUGGAAUGAUCUUAUGGAUAAAAAGGUUGCACCUCCAUUCAAACCUAAAUUAUUUGGAGACAGAGAUCUCAGAAAUUUUGACGUUGUAUCAAUUAUUCAAUUUAUAAAUUUAUCAUCUAGACAUUCACAUAAGAAGUUGUUUAAGAUACUCCAAUGUAAUCUAUGAUUCAAGAAGACAAUUAUGAUAAGUUUUCUUAUCAAGAACCAGAAUUAUUUGUAACUAUGAAUGAAGGUUUCUCGCUUAUUAAAUGA